CGCAGCGGCGGCGGUCAACCGAGCGCGACCCGGCCCGGCCUCCCGCGCCCCACGCCCCGCGCCCCCGAGCCCCCGCGCCCCGCGCCCCGGGCCCGCACCCCGGGCCCACGCCCCGGCCCCGCCGCCCGCCAGGCCCCGCGCCCAGGACCGGCCCGCACCGCGCACCCCGCAGGCCGCUCGCCGCCGGCGCCGCCAUGGGGGUGGAGGGCUGCACCAAGUGCAUCAAGUACCUGCUCUUCGUCUUCAAUUUCGUCUUCUGGUUGGCCGGAGGCGUGAUCCUGGGUGUGGCCCUGUGGCUGCGCCAUGACCCACAGACCACCAAUCUCCUCUAUCUGGAGCUCGGAGACAGGCCUGCGCCCAACACCUUCUAUGUGGGCAUCUACAUCCUCAUCGCUGUGGGUGCCGUGAUGAUGUUCGUGGGGUUUCUGGGCUGCUAUGGGGCCAUCCAGGAGUCCCAGUGUCUGCUGGGGACGUUCUUCACCUGCCUCGUCAUCCUCUUUGCCUGUGAAGUGGCUGCUGGCAUCUGGGGGUUUGUCAACAAAGACCAGAUCGCCAAGGACGUGAAGCAGUUCUACGACCAGGCUUUGCAGCAGGCCGUGGUGGAUGACGAUGCCAACAAUGCCAAGGCCGUGGUGAAGACCUUCCAUGAGACGCUCAACUGCUGUGGUUCCAGCACGCUGUCUACACUGACCACCUCCAUCCUCAAGAACAACCUGUGUCCCUCGGGCAGCACCGUCAUCAGCAACUUGUUCAAGGAGGACUGCCACCAGAAGAUCGAUGACCUCUUCUCGGGGAAGCUGUACCUCAUCGGCAUUGCGGCCAUCGUGGUUGCUGUGAUCAUGAUCUUCGAGAUGAUCCUGAGCAUGGUGCUCUGCUGUGGUAUCCGGAACAGCUCCGUGUACUGAGCGGCCCAGCCGCUCCCGCUGCAGGAGAGGGCCGGCGGACCCCUGCAGUGCCCCUGGAGUGACCGGACAUUUCUGAGGACGGGCCGUCACCGCCCAUGUAUAUAACUUCUCCGGUAUUACUCUGCUACACUUAUUAGCCUUUUUACUUCUGAGGUUUUGUUUUUGUCCUGAAGUUCCCCGUUACCUUUUGGGGCUGGAGUCACCUAUAGAGGGCACGUGAGCGGGCCUUGGGGACUGUGAGGCAGGCGCCCCCUCUGCUUCUGCGGCUGGAGGGGCUCUGCCUGCUCAGCCAGGCCUGUCCUGAGGGCCCCUGGGCCCACCCACCUGCCCCCCGGGCUGCACGGCUCAUGCCUUUUUUAACCGUCGUUCCUCUCCUGCCACUUGUGUGGAGCCGGGUCUGCAAGCAGCCUUACGCCUUCAGUGCACCUGUCCUUUCUAACUCGUCACCUUUCACUGUAAUUACGUCUCGAAAGUCAUUCAAUAAAGGAGAAUCCGGGCAUGCGAA